GAGGGGAGAAACUGAAUAAAAGUCAAUGAAUACGUACUAUAGGUUUGAGAUGAGUCGGAACAAACUGCGGGAAACAAGUGCAGGAACUUUUUGAGGAUGAAGAGGACACUGCUGUUUGCGCUCACUCUCUCAGCUGCUCUGUCUACAAACGUCAUCAGAGAGUACCACUAUGUAGAGAGCUUAAAGACCUGGGAUGAAGCUCAGAGUUACUGCAGAGAGAAGUUCACUGACCUUGCCACUGUAGAAAAUGAAGACGACAACAACAGGCUGCUGCAUGUGUUGGAGGGCCAUGGAGAACCAGCAUGGUUAGGGCUUUAUGAUCAUCUGAAAGGAUGGAAGUGGGCGCUUGGAGAUGCAGACUUCAACAAUGAGUUCAGCAACUGGAAUACAAAUGAGCCUGACCGUAGGAGCGUCGAGGAGAGCUGCGUUGUGAUGGCAAUAUCUGGGGAUUGGUUCGACAAUGUAUGCUUUAGACAACGUCAUGCAGUCUGCUAUUAUGAACGAGGUCCCGCCAAGUACAUUUUAGUGCAAACUCGGAUGACUUGGCAUGAGGCUAGGACAUACUGUAGGUCCAAAUACACAGACCUCGUCAGUGUGAGGAACAGCUCUGAGAAUAAUAACAUCUCCUCGCUGCUGUCAGAGUGGACCUGGAUCGGUCUCCACAGAAAGAUCUGGGCUUACUGGUCUGACCAGACCCCCAAGAACUUCAGUAACUGGAAAGAGGGUCAGCCCAUGAAAACUCAGGAGACUUUAAAAUUAUGUGCUGCGGUCAACACAACCACAGGACGUUGGUCGGCUGUCGGCAGUGACAUGAAGCACCAUUUUAUCUGUCAAUAUCAACCUCUUCAGCGCCAAACGUUCAAGUUAAAGUUCCAGUCUGAGGCCGACCUGAAUGAUCCUGCUGUUCAGCAGCAGAUUUUAGAGCAGCUGCAUGCUAAACUGGAGAAACAUGGAUUACCAGACUUUAAACUCCGCUGGAUCCAGACAGAUGGGCAGACUUUUCACAAGGAACAAGAGAGGAAGAAAGAGGAAGGGUCGUGUGGCUGAGUGGUCAUUUUGCAAAGGACACCGUGGUCUUCAACUGCUACUGUAAUGCAAUGUUACAGCUUCUAUUUCAGUUUGAGUUUCACUACAUAUUUUCUACACCAUCAGUGGUAAUGUGUGGUAAUGUAUUUGGUUGCAUGCUGUGUAGCUACAGUACAUCAUAUAUCAUCUGUCUGUGUUCUUGCAUCACUUGCAAUCUAUUGCAAAAAUAACUUUUUUUUAUACUGAAAAUGUUUGUUUCAUAGGAAGUUAGUUGGGUACAUCAAAAGAUCAUCAGCAAAGAAAUUUAGUUGUAGUUUAUAUCACUAUUUUUUCUUACAACUUAUUGUCACUUUAUCUUAUCCUUGACUUAUUAAUGUUAUUAUAUCUUAUUAUUGUCAUAUUAUCUUAUCUUUUAUUGCUACCUGUUUCUGUCAUCCUAUACAUUUCAUUGUAGCCUUGACCCUGCGUUAACCUACAUAUUACAAAUAAAACUGAACUGAUGUUUACCUACUGACACUUCCAGAGUGUUGAAAGUGUGCAGCUCUGUCUCGUACCCCUCUUUAAUGUAAAUUCACCAGACAGUAAAUAGCUGUCAUUUAAAUAAUGUUGUUUUUUUAAACAAAAUCUAUGAUCACAACCGGACGAUUAAAUUUUUCUAAGACUUUAACAGAAAAGGUAACUUGAAACAAUAAAAUAUUUUUUUCAACAUCAACAGCCAUCACUGAUACAUUUAUAUUGUGCUUUUUUGCAUGUUGUAUUAUGCCCUACAUGUUCUUCUUUAAUGAAUCCUGUUUGACUCAUAUGUAUCAAAUCUGGUGAAACCUUUGCUAAUCUAUUACUUAUAAGUUAUGUUCAGUUAAUAUUUUACAAUUUCACAAUUAAUUAAACUUCUAGGUCUUAAGUCUGAGGGAGAUACUCCAUGUUUAUGUGGUUUUACUGUAAUAUAACAGAAAUUAAAGUAUGGUACAUAUAUCUUGGAAGGAUUGAGUUGUUUGUCAUGUAUCUUGUCAUUUGUCCAAAAUGUUGAAUAAAA